AGCUGCUUGAAGUUUUGUUCUCAUUAGAAUGCUUGCUGGUACUUGACAGGAAACCCCUCACGUAGGCACUGACACGUUAAGACCUGCUAAGCGGCGUUGCAUUACCAACAAGGCCCAAUUCGUACACCAUGCGCCCUUCUGCGGUAUUGUUUUUUUUAACGGUCUUGGCUCCUGCCAACUGCUUCUUUGGUUGGUUUGCGACAAAGCCUGUUCCUGUGACUAACUCAGAAGCCGACGCGAAGGACUUUACCAAGGACGGGACGGUCGCCGUUGUUCCUUUUGAAAUGAAAACGGCUGAUGAAGAAUUUCUUAAGGAAGGAAAAAAGUAUGGCCUUCAACUGUCGACAUUGGACGUAUGCCACCACAAGGUGCUGCUUGGUUUGACAUCAUCAUGCUCGCAACUCAACGAGGAGGACCUUGGGAAGCUGAGUGUAAAGCUGCUGAACUGUCAGUCAGCUGUUGAAGGGCGGCCUACGUUUCCUUGUACGGACGAAAUGUCAUUACGGCAAUGCACACAAGGCAUGGACCAGCACACUUGGAACACCUACCACCUGAUCAGCAACCGUGCCAGGGCGGUCUGCUACAGCACCCGGCAGCAGCAGUUUUACGCCAAGACUGAAAUGACUGUCAACAAGUUGGUUUGGACCACUGACCAACAGGUGAAAGCAAUGGAUCAGCUCGAGCAGGAGCAGAAGAAAGUGAGUGCACUGACGAGUCAGACGCUGGAGACCAUGUCCUCGGGCCAGAAAGCUCUGAUGCAGCAACAGGAGAAGCUGAAGAGCUCGCAGCAGAGUGUGCAGCACUUUGUGGCAGAAAACCUGAAGGAACUGAUGCUUGAGAAAGCUCUCAUUGCUGCUGGCCAAAGGGAGCUUGCCCAGAUGACCAACACCAUUCGCAAGAAGCUCGAUGUUGCUAGCACUAUGAUGCUCUCCAAUGAACAGCAGCGGCAAGUGAAUCAUCGAGAACUGCUGAAAGACUUAUCAGCUGUCCAGAAUUAUGCCAAGUUCUUGCAAGAAAGACUAGAACAAACAGCUCAAGUGGUGCUUAGUCGACAAGAAACUGCCGCUGUGCGCUUUGAGGAGACUCUGAGCAAUCUUGGCAAGAUCAACGCCAGCAUUGGUUACGUCCAGGAAGUGAUAGACACGAUGCGAAAAGAUGUCGACAGCAAGUUUGGUUGGUUGGUGCGGCUCCUGCACAGCACAGGUGACCAGCUGAGUGCCAUCUACUGCUGCGUCCUGCAUUGUGGCUACCUUCUGGUGGCCAUGUUCCUCGCUGCGUUCCUCCAGUUCCCGAUGGCGUCGCGAGUGUUCCUACUCUUCAGCGUGCCUGUCAACGCGGUUGCCAGCAUUCGGGAAAGUUGUGGCCUAGGCUUCGGGCCUCUCACUGUCUUGCUGGCCAUCUUCCUCGCAGGGGACAUGGCAUGCCAUGCCAUUCGAGGGUUCUGUCGGCACCGCUCCUCUCGGCUUCCUGCUCUGGAUGCAAGGCCUGAUGAGAAGUUGUCCAGGACUGCAAAUGGCUUUACCAUGUCCAGAAGUGAGGCAAUGUAUACCAAGGACAGUACAAGGCACGAAGACAGGUGCCGCGUGUCAGGUGCCGCGACACCACUGAAUGAUGGUGUGCAGAGAAGUUCCUCAAGACAUUGCAGCCGAGUGUCUGCUACAGGGUCUCGAAGCAGCACGCCUCUGCUCGAAGAACGGCAGUCGACGCCUCCUGCCAGCGACACUGAGGAAGACAGCAGCAGUGCCAAUGUGUCACGCUGGCUGCUGAGAAAUGCUGAGGCUGGUACUAUGCCAGACAUAGUUCCAGCCACUUCAACUCCCGUGGCCAGCCCAGUAGACCCCUUGUUGCAGACAUCCAGAAAGGAGAAUGGACACUUGGCAAAGCAACAUCUGUUCUCCAGCUUUGAUAAGGUGUCUCGUGCCAGCUUUCGUGAUUCACCAGACAGAAGCUUUGCUUCGAAUACAUCAGUGUUAUCCAAUGGGUCUCGUCGCCGUUGUAGCGGUUUCAACAAAUCCGGUGUGCCCUGUAAAGGGACUUGCCUCAAGGGACAAGAUUACUGUCAUCACCACUGCUAGUCAUCUGUAUGGCCUAUAUUUACCAUACGAGCAUUCGUCGUGUUAUUCAGCUUUGCUGUACAUGUCACUUCUUUUCCUGUCGCUGACUGGCAUUGGCCCUAAAACCAUUGAUAGGAUGGUAGCACUCUAUGGUUUUCCAUUUACAAUAUUGCUUGGUCACAGUUUAUGCUAUUUCUCUUAAAAUGACCAUUGUUCUUUUAUCACUGCGCAUGUACGAAAAUGCCGUCGGGUGGAUAUUUAAACAAGUGUAUUGUAUCCAUGCAUCUGUGUAACUGUGCAUGGAUGCAUCUGUGCAUCCAUGCACAGAUGCAUCCAAUACACUUGUUUGCCGACAUGCAAACAAGUGUAUUGUAUCCAUGUAUCCAAGCCGUCCAUGCAGGCGCAUUUUUCUAUUGCUAUUGCAAAUGAAUUUUUACUGUAUCAUGAAUGGGCAUUGUUUUGGGUCCCUUCAGAUAAUUAUUUUGCCCAAUUUUAUGUCCUUCACACAAAGCACUGUUGUGCUGCUGCUUUUAGAAUGAACUACAGCUAAACCUCAAUACAAUAAACUUCAAUAUAACGAAAUUCUCGCUAUAACAAAAUAUUCAACUUUUCAUGACCUCUUGUCCGUAGAACCCUAUGCAUGUAAAACGUCAAUAUAACGAAGUGUGCUUAUAUGCCAUUUCAAUAUAACGAAAUUUCACUGCCGCCUCAAAGGGAUGCCGAGGCAAUAAAUGGAAACUUCCGCGGACGAAGAUGGUCAAAUUAUUGAAUUACAAGUGGCUGUUUGCAAACACACCACUAAAACCGCGCGACAAGAGCAACCGCCGAAGUGGAGCCGCAUAAUGUUCCAUAUGAGGUCCAUGUGCGAUAAGAUCCUAUCGCGGUCGCACACUAAGUGCUUUAGGUGCGAGUGAAAGGGUGCGAGGGUUAGAGAAGAUGGGGGGGGGGGGGGGGAUCGUGAGUGCCACGUUCCUGCGCGAGCAAUGGGAAAAGCUGUAGGGGAGCGAAAUCGCGGUAACACGAUCAGGCGGGCGCGAAGGGGCGGGGGUAAGUCUUGGCUGUGGCUGCGCAUGGCUGCAAGCGCAGUUGAGUGCAUACGCAGCCGCUAGUGUUGUCUAGUACAUUCUAGCAGCUGCGCGCCCUGCUUUAGAGGGAAUCUGUCGCGUAUGCAAAGAGUGGGCGUGUCGAGAUGGCGUGCGACCAUGUAAGCUGUCUUAUCGCACGUUUACUAUUCGUUAUCGCGUGAUCUCCAGUUUCGGUGACCUGCUGGAUCGAGAUGCAUACGCGGCAUUAGCUCGCCGCUGCUGGCACUUUUCCUGAUAGCGUCGUCUCGUUGGGGGCGACGCUAUCAGCUGCGGGGGUGGAGUGCGUGUGAAAGCGUGGCUGGCUUCACUUAAUGCGUGCAGCCAGAAUGUAUUGUCGACGUAUGUGGCAUGAAACCUGAUCAUUCGUCGCAGACUCCCAAGUUUGUCAAAAUGAAUUUUCUCACUCAAAUUCGGUUUUUUCGAUUUCCCGAUAAUUUGGAAAAGUCUGCGGCCCCUUUCUGUGUAGCAAAAAUCGAUCAGCGACUGCACUUAUUUGCAUAAUAAAAGGUCGAAAUUCAACAGAACGAAAUUUUGAUAUAAUGAAGCAAAUUGCCAAUUUUACCGACUUUGUUGUAUUGAAGUUUAACUGUCUUUGUAUUUGGCCACAGCUUUUUGCAAACGAAGGCAUAUUGUUAUUUCUUAUGCAUUUUUUUUUUUUACAUUCCAUGUAAAUGCUUUGAGUGAUUCUGGUCUCAUUUGGGUACUGUUGUUCUACAUGACAAGCAAAAGCUAGGGACAGACAUACACAAGUAUCGUGUUAGCAAGCAUAUGAUGUGCGAUCGUUUCAUGAAUUCACCAGUUUGAGGAUGAAAAUGGCAUUAUUUAGAAUUACCCGUGGAAUACAAUGGAAGAGUUAAGUUUUUUUUUAAAGCACCUGUUCGCAUAUUGCAUUCUGUGCUAGAAAAUUACAAGUUUAUGCUUAUGAUUGGAUUACACAUGCUUUAGUUUGUGCUGCAACCAUGACAUUUUCUGGCAUGUAGGAGGUCCCCCUCGCAUCAUAUUCAUGCUUAGAGUGCAGUGAUGUCAAGAACCUAUGCCUUUUGUGUUUUUUCAAAGGGUCACUUUAGCACUUGCUGGUCAUGUAGUAUUUGUAAUUUUGUUGAGUCUUUAUUUUUAGUUCAUAAAUUGUUAUUGCCAUUUA